AUGAGUCAAAAAUCGAGCGGGUUUGACAUUCGCUCUAUACCUGAAAUGGUGAAUAAGCCGAAUCUCAGCCAAUGGUAUGAAGAGCAGUUGUCGUUCAUGAAAGAAUCAAUAGCUGAUGAAGAGGAUGAAAUGGAUCGUCCUAGUGAAGCGGAGCAUGAGCCAUCACCAGUUCUUCAAGAAGAAUAUGUUGAUGAGGGCAAGUACAUCGAGGAAGAACCCCGUCCAUUAGUCAGUCCUGAGCAGACUUUGGCUUGA